AUGGCCGGCUACGACCCCCGAAUGAUGUUUCAAGUGCACUCGGGCAUGCACCCGGCUGUUUUGAACAGCGUGGCACCUCGCUACCCACAUCCCGGACCCAGUGGACCUAGCACUCAACCAGCAGGAGGGUCCCAGAACAGGCAAGGUCCCCCGACCUGGGAAAACACAUACAGGACAGCCCAAAACAUCUCUUUCCCUGACCCGAAGACUGCUUGUGGGGAAAGAGUGGGGGAAUUUGUCGAGGACCUUGCCAGAGGAAUUGGAUGUCCUGUGGAAUACGUACUUGUCCCACUGUUACCUUGUGGACUGCUCGGUUCCAACACCACGAUUCGCGUGCACCGCGCAUGGACAGAACCACCCAUCGUGUGGAGCAUGGUUGGGGCCAGUUCCGGGUCACGUCGCUCAGCGGUGAUCCGGCAGAUUCUGGCCCCUCUACUCAGCCUCCAGGCCGAGAGAAACAAAGACUCGACUGCCGGCACUUCUGAUGACGUCAUCACUACUUCUCUGUCAUAUGUAAAUGGAUUUGACAACAGCUCUGACGAAGAGAAUGAAAAACCCAUGAAAAGAGGUGGCGGCAAUUGUGCACCUCCGAACAGAGCUUUAUAUUCUGGUUCCAACCUAACACUAGCUUCACUGUCUGAGAUGCUGCUGAGAAAUAAUGGCCAUGCUUUUAGUCUGACAGAGAAUGUGCAGAAUCUUCAUGAGGUGCUAGGCCUCACACAACCAGUGAUCUCACCAAAGCUGACCUCAGUUCUUGAGGAUUUGUAUGAAGGUUUGCCUGUUGUUGCUGUAGACAAUGGCAAGGUGACCACCAAUUUUGGCUCCAAUUUUAAUCAUGGAGGUUUUACCAGUCCUGAGUAUAUUGUCACUCUAAUGGUCAAAUCACCAGCAUGGUUGUCGGCCAGACUUCUGCUGUCAUGUCCCCAAGCAGAUGAUAUGAAGGGUGUUUUUGGAGAGCCAAGCACAGAGAUGGAAGCUCCUGAACUGGAGCACAUUUUUGCCAUUCUCCUCGAGCAGCAUAGAGAAAAACAGAAGUAUGUUUUCAGUUCAGAAGCCGUUCAAGAGCUUAGCAAGUUUUUUGAGGAAGAAUGGUCCACUGUUUUGAACCAGCUGGAUCAAAACGAGCAUGAGGGAAUUAUCGGCAAGUCAAUGGGUCAAAUAGUCCGACUCUGUGGAAUACUCAAAGCACUAGAUAACAGUAUUCUUAUUGCAGGUAGCUCUCAGGUACGCUUUAUUGACUGGGAUUGGUCUAUUAAAGCCAACACUGUAGCCAAUGCAAUUACUCUUGGAAAGUACUUUCUGGAGCAGAAAUUAGCAAUGACUUUCAUGGUGGCAACAGGCUUCUUCAGCCAUGCAUCAGAGUCAUUCAUGGAUAACAGCAUCAAUGACAGUAAUAACCAGGCUACAACUUUACCACAAACAGCUCUGCAGGACAGCCAAGAUGGUUUCCGGUCAAAUUCAUUUUCUAAUUCAAAGACUUCAGUGUCUCAUACUCCAUCACCUCUGCCUCCUGCAGUAACAAGAUCUAGUCAGGAUCUCAACUCUUCUACUUCUUCUCAGCAGACACCAAAUUCAUCAUUUAAUCUACCCAAACAACCUGGAGAUGUAGACUUUAAUAACUUGCCUCACACCAUGACCACCGUAGAAGAAGAUGUCAGUGAGAUGAUGCAGGCUCUGGAUUUUGUGCACUUCUCAAAGACACAGUUUGUAGCGGUUCACGGAAGGAGAAUAAAGCGACUGCUGGAAUGUUACGAUGAUGGUCACGGUGUUUCUGCGACUACUGCGGCCCAGAAGUCUAUAACUCCUCCUGUUCGAAUUGAAGGCACAAACAACCGCCACCCUGCAUGGGCCAGUGCGCUGUUUUUCCAGAAAGUUGCUGAGCUUGAAUUGGGUACUGCUGAGCAAGGUAGACAUCCAACCAAUAGAAAAGUCUGCUGGCGAUUCAAGAGGAAACCUGUGAGUCAGUUAUCAGAGAAGGAUUUCCAGCUUUUGUAUUAUUUACGUGUAGAGAUGGAGAAAUAUUCCCAGUUUGGCUCUGGUUCCUUCAACCCAAGCUUGAUUGUCAAUUCAGGGCUGAUUACUUUACCGUCCAGCAACAGCCCUGGACCACACCCACAAUCUUCCACCUUGGGAGCAGAUUCUAGUCCACGCAUUGGAAGCCUGGAUGAUGAUUCUAACAGCCAGAGCAGCCCACAGAAUUCUGGAACACCCAACGUUAAGAAUGAGGUUUUUUGA